AUGUGGUCAUUUGCUGCGAAAUAUGUCUUGUUGUUCUGUAUUACAACUACAAAUGCUGCCCCAGCAUCCAGUCUAGGUGCUUUAUUCUCUAGAGCCAUUCCCGAUGCCCAAUUUAGCAAAUUCUCGUUAAUGUCACAAUUCGCCGGAGCUGCCUAUUGUUUUGACAACGUGAAUGGGAACGGGAAGAAACUAAGUUGUAAUUCUGGUGGUGGAGCUUGCCCUUUAGUGGAAAUAGCGACGACAAAUAUUACCACAUCCUUUGAAACUGGCAUCUCUAGAACCAGAGGCUUUGUCGCAACUGAUGAUACGAACAAGAUGAUCGUUGUUGCUUUCCAGGGAACUUCGCUCUUCGACAAGAAUCCCGAGGAUAUUAUUACUGACAUCAGCAUUGGUCGGGUUAAGACCAACUUUUGUGGUACGGCCAACAAGAAUGACGGAUGCGAGAUCCAUGAGGGAUUUAGAAAUGCAGCCAUCGAUGCACAGGACGUAGUGAAAAGAGCUGUGGCCGCUUCGCUUGCUACGCAUCGAGGCUAUAGGGUUGUAGUAACAGGACACAGUCUAGGCGGAGCUGUCGCCGCACUAACUGCAACGCUUCUGAGAAAUGCUGGUCAAGUUACAGAUCUUUACACCUAUGGCCAGCCUCAUCUCGGAACAGCUGACAUCUCUAACUUUAUCCAAUCUCAAGCACCUGCUCUUGGAUCGAACAAUAGAGUGACUCAUUUUAAUGAUAUUGUUCCCAAACUCCCAUUUCAUGAGAUUGGCAACUGGGGGCAUUUUUACCCUGAGUUUUUCAUAAACAUCGACAAGGGAACCCAAACCGCAGCGAAUAUCCAGGUUGUCAAUGGGCACGUCUUCACGGAAGCCGGGAAUGAAGGCACAGAGAGCAAGUUUGGAGCCAUUGGUGAAGUUAUUGACGGAUUGAGUGCUCAUGGCGAGUACUUUGGCGCAAUUAGCCAAUGCAGCACUGAGCAACCUGGAACAAAGAGAGGACUCGAGGUCAACAUAUGA